AUGACCAUGGAAGACUCACUAGCAGCCUCUAAUGCCGGUGGGGCCGAAGUGCCCCCGGGGCGUCCGCUCACAGAUACCGAGUACGCAGACGACAUAGCUCCUUUUGUAUCUGGCCCCGUGCUGCCGAUAGCAACUAGUUCCCAAUACAAAUACGGACAAAUUAUGUUACUGCAUUUGAAUGUGCCUACGGUUCGCCCUCCAUGGAAGAUUCAGCAAUUCUUCUGGCGAAGUUUUCGAGUUGCUGGUCGGUCGAACAAGGGCGCGGAGGAAGACAAGAACACUACAGAGUACGUUCAUUCUGCUGAUUACUUAUCCGCGUUCAUUUCAAAGGAUAAAACCCAAGACACGGCGGAAAGCAAGGUUAGUAAUUUACUUUACUUUUCCCAAACUGCAUUUUUCAGUGAACUGCUUGGAAUGUUUGUGGAUAGUGCAGAGGAGCCUUACAGACUUCCCGAGCCACCUAAACUAAACCUUUUUGUCCGGGAUUCGUCAUCUUUGAAAGCGUGCACUGAGACAUCUGCGGAGGAAAUGUCAAAAUGUCCGGUUUUCGAUUCACUUGAAGUGUUGGAAUUGUCCCUCCUCUCAUCCAUUCCUCUCAAUCAGUUUGAUGAGUGGCUUCAAUGGACCCAAGAGGGUAAAAUGUGGAGAUUUCCCAUUGACAAUGAACAAGGUACUACCUUGCAGCUCACUAAGAGUGCGGGUGUUGUGGCGGUUGGUGAUAUGAACAGGUUAUCCUUUUUCCCAUUUUCGUCCCUCUUGCCUGCAGACUGGGAAGAAGUAUCCGUCCCCUUCUAUGAACAUACAUUUUUGGAGAAGCAUUUGGAUAAGGAGCUGCUCAAAUGUGGCCCGCUAUCCGUCUUCCUCGAGUUGGUGUGUCACGGAUUAGCACAAAACCCGCAUUUCACUGUCGAGCAAAAACGGGAGCACCUGAAAUGGUAUUCAUCCUACUUCAAGGACAAAGUAUCAGCAAUCGAAGCAUCGGUACAGGAAGAGAAGCGCUUAACAGAGUUAGAGCAAAAAGCCCGAGGUUUGUAG